CGCGACAUGAACUCCGGCUCCCCUCUUGGCAUGGGAUGGACACAGGCUACGAUCAACAAUGGAUCGAGGAGCAGCUCGGCAACCUCGUAUCUGGCGACUGAAUUCAUGUCUCGACCGAAUCUACAUGUGGUUAUCGGUGCCCAGGUGCUCUCCAUCAACUCGACCCGAGCAAACGAAUUCAAGUCUGCCCAGUUCGUGCAGAAUGGAAAAAUAAUGUCGGUGACCGCACGAAAGGAGCUCAUUCUGUCCGCCGGAAGCAUUGGAACCCCGCACAUCCUGCUGCACUCGGGCAUCGGGAACAGUUCCGCCUUGAAAAGCUUGGGCAUCACGCCAUUGCAUCAUCUGCCAUCAGUCGGGCAGAAUAUGACCGACCACGUGGCUCUGUCGCUCGAGUUUGUCGUGAACUCGACGGCUACACGGGAUACGGCGCAGCGAAACGCGACGCUUGCCGCACAGCAACUCGCUGAAUGGAAUGCAUCCCAUACGGGACCGCUGGUGGACACCGUGAUGAGUCAAAUCGGCUGGUUCCGGGUCCCCAAUGCCUCGUUGGCGGGAUUCCCCGACGCGUCCGCGGGCCCCAAUACGCCGCACUACGAGUUCCUCAUCUCGAACGGAUACAUGGCGCCGCGCGCGGAUAACACGAACGGAAUGAGCAUCGCGAUGGCGGUCGUGUCCCCGCACUCGCGGGGUUCCGUCACGCUGAACAGCAGCGACCCGCUCGCGUCGCCGCUCAUCAACCCGAAUCUGCUCGGCGAGCAGGUCGACCGCAUUGUCGCCCGGGAGGCGGUCCGCGCCGCGCUGCGGUUCGUCGCUGCGCCCGCGUGGAAGGGGUACAUCAUCACUCCGCUGGGCGUCAACGCGUCGAGCACGGAUGCGGAGAUCGAUACGUACGCGCGCAACGGUGCGGCCACGGUGUACCAUCCGUCUGGCACGGCGAGCAUGUCGCCCGUCGGCGCGGACUGGGGCGUCGUGGAUCCGGAUCUGAAGGUCAAGGGCCUCAAGGGACUGCGCGUCAUUGAUCUGUCUGUCACAGUGAGUCGUUAUAUGACGCCGAUGCGGCUCAGCAUUGACACGAAACAUUGUAGCCGUACAUCCCGGCCGCCCAUACUCAGGCAGCUGCGUACUUCAUCGGGGAGCGGGGCGCAGAUCUGAUCAAGGGUUCGUGGUAGAGAGUAGACCCUCUAAAUUAAAUAAUGCCUAACUUAGACGUGUACUACACCCACGUGACUGUGUUUAUGCCGCCCAUCAAUCUAAUG